AUGUGUGAUAAUUAAUUAUAUAUUUUUUCUUAUUUCAUGGUAUUUUCUCUUCACGAAUCGUUUAUCCUACAGCAUUAGUAUUGCUAGCAUUUGCUGGUUCUAUUGGAAUGACAUUUGUCAUUCUUGGCUGUGCAUUACCAGUAUACAAAGUAUGGUGGCCAUUUUUUGUCGUAUUGUUCUAUAUACUGGCACCUAUUCCAACUAUAAUAGCACGUCGUUAUACAGAUGAUUCAGGAAGCAACAGUAAUCCAUGUUUAGAAUUGGCAAUAUUUAUUACAAUGGGAUUUGUGGUAUCAUCUUUCGCUCUUCCAAUUGUGUUGGCACGAUCUCCAGUGAAUGAACCUGUAAUAGAAUGGGGUGCUUGUUAUCUGACAUUAGCAGGUAAUAUUGUUGUGUAUUCAACUCUAGUCGGAUUUUUCAUAACGUUUGAUCAAGAUGAUACUGAUUAUAACAUGUGGUGAAACACUACUACAUCGUACUUAUAAUGAUAAAAAUGUUUUUUAUGAGAUUAAAGGAAAAAAUCAAUCAUGCGGUGCACUGACUGAAAGCUGUAUACUGAUUAUAAAUUGCUAUAAACUUAUUAUAUACACAAUUUACUAUAAAAUAUAAUAUAAAUCUAAUAUAGAUACUCUUCUAUAUUGAUGCUGCAAGAAAAAAAUAGUAUUAUAGUGCACUAAUAAUAGAAUGUGUCAAUGACAUGCUAUUUGUCAAUUGAUAAACAAACAUUGAAAUUUCUCAGAUUUCCCACACGUUACAAAACAGCAAGAAAGCAUUUGAUGUUUUAGAUUUUUCGUAUGAGACUUCAGGAUCCUGAAACGCAACAAUGCAAGGAUGAUGAAAAUAUUUUUUAUUUAAUCUAAGUCUUUCGUAAUAAUAAUGGUAAUAAAGCUACAGUUUAUUACUUUA